AUGGUGGUUGACUCACUGACCAAAGUGAGCAACUUUCUCAAUGUUUCUGCUCAACAAAGGAAGUUGGUUCGUCUAAGAGUGUGCCCCCAGGUUACUCAACAUCGCAUAUGGACUGGUGCACUUAAAGAAGUUCUGAACGAUUUUGCAGUUGAUUUGGAUUUUUUGUCUUCUCAGGGCUUAAACAAUGAUAUUUUGUUAGGUGGCCAAAUUGUUCAUAGCUGUUUGAAGUUUCUUACUGAAAUUGGUGUCUUUUCAGACACCGAGUCAUCUUCUUGGAUGAAGCUUUCACCUUCUAAAAUGCUUGCCUCUGACCCACGAAAAUGGGAAGAUGUUCUUGUAAUGUUCAAUGAUCUGAUUGAAUGCUGUAAAAAGGAAGUAAGGUUGAAGUUCCAUGUAGCUAAAGCUGAGAUCAUGAAGGAGGGGCUUUUGCACAUAAGGGAUGUUUCAGUUGACAACAGUGUUGGAUACAAGGAAGCUCAGCAUCAAGAAAGCCUGGUGAGGAAGAAGCUUUCCACAAUGUUGGGUCACUCCUCUCGUUGCAUAUUCACUCUAUUACUGUAUUAUCUCUAUGGAAGGGUGGUGGAUAUUGAAGUAGACAUGCGUGGUGGGGUCUAUACAAAUGGAAGUGAUGGCAAGUUUUGCUUGUUUAUGGGAAGAAUCUUGACUUCGGAUAGUGAGAAGAUGGUUGGGCGAGGGGUGAAGCAGUUGGACCGGGCACUUGGAAUUUUCAAGUUUGUGUGGGAAAUGGCUGGAAUGAAAGGGCAUUUGGACUUGCAGGGCCAUAUGUGGUGUGUUGGAGCAGACAGUAGGGUGCUUAUGUAUAGAGGUAACACGUACUUUGUGCAUGGAAUUUGCCUUCGAUUAUAG